CUGCGCAGCGGUAUGUCUCUUCCUCAUCCUUGAAGAAGUCUAUCAGCGAACAGCGGGACAAGAAUUGGAUUGCAACAUCAUAUUUGUCUUCAUAUACCGGGUUAAACAUCAUUUGUGUGUCGAUAUAUCGAGUUAAACGUCAUUGGGUGUGUGGAGAGACACUGAAUGGAUCAUGGAGUGUGUUCCUGCUGUUCUGGAUGAGUUGGAUGGCAGAAAGGAGGCACCCAUAGAGGACAAUGAGCAUAAUGUGUACACGCGCUUCAUGAAAUCACACCGUUGUUAUGAUCUGGUGCCCACCAGCUCAAAGUUAGUUGUGUUUGACACUUCACUUCAGGUGAAGAAAGCUUUCUUUGCUUUAGUUUCUAAUGGGGUGAGAGCGGCUCCUCUCUGGGACAGCAAGAAGCAAUGCUUUGUGGGAAUGCUGACCAUCACAGACUUCAUCAAUAUACUUCAUCGCUAUUACAAAUCACCUCUGGUUCAGAUAUACGAGUUAGAGGAGCACAAAAUUGAGACGUGGAGAGAGGUCUAUCUGCAAGAUUCCUUCAAGCCGCUCGUGAGCAUAUCGCCCAAUGCCAGUCUGUACGAUGCUGUUUCAUCUCUGCUGAAGAAUAAGAUCCACAGAUUACCUGUGAUCGAUCCUCUGACAGGAAACACGCUUUACAUCCUAACACACAAGAGGAUCCUCAAAUUUCUCAAGCUCUUUAUAUCCGAGAUCCCCAAACGUGCGUUUCUCUUUCAAACACUUGAGGAGCUUAACAUCGGGACGUUUGACAACAUCGCAGUCGUGCAUGCUGACACGCCGGUCUACGCCGCAUUGGGAAUCUUCGUGGAUCAGCGGGUGUCCGCGCUUCCCGUGGUGGAUGAGAACGGGCGAGUGGUUGACAUUUACUCCAAGUUUGACGUUAUAAAUCUAGCAGCUGAGAAGACGUAUAAUAAUCUGGACAUCACUGUGACCAAAGCGCUUCAGCAUCGCUCGCAGCAUUUCGAGGGCGUGCUCACCUGCCGAGCCACUGAAACGUUAGAAGCCAUCAUUAACCGACUGGUGGAGGCCGAGGUUCACAGGUUAGUGAUCGUGGAUGAACAGGAAGUCGUGAGAGGCAUCGUUUCUCUCUCAGAUAUCUUGCAGGCUUUGGUCCUCACCAGUGGAGAUGAUGGUCUGGCUUGAUGAAAGUAGACAUCAUUGAAGGAGAGCGUCUCUCUCAAGACAAGAACUUUAUAAAGCACAAGAUAUUCAGCUGUUUGAAUCUUUCCUAUGAAGAAACUUUUUUUUUUAAUAUAUAUAUAUAUAUAUACAGCCUCAAACCCUCUUUUUCACAUCAAAUAGGAAAUGAAAUAAUUCUGAUUUUAUUUGGUAGAAAACCUCAAAAUCCACAUGUUGAAGAGCGAGUGUUAUUUAUGAAAAUGUGGCGAAGCGACACGAACAUGUAGGGCAGCUGUUUGAAGGGCACAACAAAGUUUGCAUGCAAAAACGCAAGAUUUUACAACGUCAUUGCAGAAGAAAUUAUUUGUUUUAAAUGAUACUGGUUUCAGUUUUUAGCCGUUUAAAAGGGUAAUGUAGUUUAUUUGCUUUGCAGUGGGCAUUUGAGAUGAGUUGUGUUGACUGAUCCUCCAAAGCACAAUAUGAAAUAUGACUGAAAUGACCACACAUGAUACAAAUCAUUCCUAUUUUUGUUUAAAAACUAGAUUUUUGUUAUUCAACACUAAAAUUAAUUUCAACAAUGUGAAGCAGAGCUGAAAUAAGUGAUGCUCAACGUUUGAUAUGAUUGGAAGUCGUGUCAUUAUUUUAAUACAAUAGCAACAUCAAAUCAUCAUCAUGUGUUCAUUACCUUUCAUUUUUGAUUUGUUAUUUGCAUUGCUCGUGUUUCUGGUGUUACAGAAGAAAUGCUGGUGGGUUUACAAUGCUACAGAUUUCUGUCCACUUUGAGUGCAAAAAUCAUUUGAAGUUGAAGUAUUUAGUUUGAUAUAAAGUAUGACAUGUAACAGGAUGACAGUCAGGGUGAUUCAACAUGGGAACAUUUUUAGGCAAGGUUGUUAUGAAACUUCCUGCCAGCUGUAUGACAAAAAUGUUGUUUUGUUAGAUGUGUGACCAUUUCCUUUCCAGACUUAUCUUUGACCUACACUAGUCAACAUCAAAACCUUUCAUAAAAGUUGACCUAAAAUGUUGACCAAUACCCAUUCUUGGCUUAGGACAACUUGAUUCACUUAAAAUGUAUUGUCUGAUCAAAUGUACAGUUGGGUCCAAAAGUUGAGGACUACUACUGAAAAUAUCCUUUUAUUUUAAAUGAUUUUCUGUUUUGCUUUUUAUCCCCUCAUAAAAAUCUGACUUUUUCCAUGUUUAAGUGCUAUAUUUGGGUCUCCAGUGCUUUUAAAAACCUAGAAAAUGUGAAAAAGAAAAACACAGUAACUUAGUUUUGGUCAUUUAUUCUCUGCAAGCAUGUGAAAAAAUAGCUCAUUGAAAUUCAGCUCCCCUUGUGAUGUCAUAAUAAUACCACCCCUUGAUCUGCACUAUCCAACCACGGCACUGCCAUUUAGUUCAGAGAGAGAUCAGUGUUUGCAUUUCAAAAGCUCAUAUUCAUUUUAAAGGACACACCCAAAAAACGGCACAUUUUUGCUCUGACCUACAAAGUGUCAAUUUUAACAUGUUAUAAUAUAAAUGAUCUGUGGGGUAUUUUAGGCUAAAACUUUACAUAUCAUGUACUCAUUGAGGUAGGAAUGUCUGCCCUUUUGUACAAAAUACCAAAUCUGACCAUUUGUAUGAAGAAGUUACAGAUUUGUUUACACUUGUUUGGUUAGCAAUAUACAUAACUUUACAUUUUUAAUUCCUAAACAUUUAUAUCCAAUUUACGAUUACAAUAAAUUCUAAAUAUAUUCCCAAGAGUAUGUGUAAGAAUAAGCUUUUGAUUAAGUGCUGUAUAUUAAUGUAAUCUGGGCUAAAACUUGAUGAUUUUCACAGCCCAUUAAACAAGCAACACGAGGAAACACUGAACGCUGCUCAAUGGCCUCUUGUUCUCCUCAGAUUUCCUAUUAGGAAAGAGUUCUUCCAUCAUUUCAUUGUAAUAUAUUUUGCUGGUAUUACUCUGUAAUGACUUUUAUGAAUUCAUUUUAUAGAUUGUAAAUACACCUGAACUGUUUUCUAUCACGUCAAAUAUGUGCACGAGCAAAAUAAAAUUGAUCCAGUUUGUCAA